CUGCAGGUGCUGAAAGGAAGAAACCGGCUCAGCCAAUCAGCAUCCAGAGAAAGAGACGACAUCACCACCCAGCAGCAGGACAUCAUGGCUCCGUGGGGCGACAACAAGCUCUUCUUCUGCAUCCUCUUCAUCACCUGCAUCAGCCUGGCGCUGGCUGAGGUCCCGUCUGACUGCUGCCUGAUGGUCAAGAAUAAACAAAUUCACAGGUCAAGGGUCGCAGACUACCGCCAACAGGUCGGAGGUCAAGGCUGCUCCAUCGACGCCAUGAUCUUGGUGACCCGGGGCGGUAAGAAGCUGUGUGCUCCUGCUGACGUGUCGUGGGUCCACGAGGUGGUGAAACACGUGAAGCAGCUGAAGAAAGACUGCAGGGAGAACAACUACCAGGGGAAACGCUGCUCCGGACUGAAUCGUGAGUAAACAGAGAGCGACCUUUGACCCCUUCAACAACAACAACACCACAGCGGGAGUGAACCACUGCGAGCCGGGACGAGAACGGGUCAAACCACUAAAAUAAAUGAAUAAUAAGAGAUUCCUUUACCUUUAUUACCAUUGUAGCAGAUAAAGUUUUGUUCAAAUCGCAAUUAAAUUAAAAAAUUUGGAAGGAAUUUAUUUUUUUAUGGUGUAUUUCUGUUUAAGAAUUGUGAAAUAUAGAAGAAAUAUAAAAAUGUGAAACUCUCAGGCAGCGGCACUUUGUUGUACGGAUU